AAAAAUAACUGCAUAGUUUGCUACUUUGCUUAUAUCAUAUGAACCAAAUAUACGUACAAUAUCAAACUAUGAAUAGUGUAUGAUCCAUUUUGUUAUUCAACACUUCUGAAGUACAAAAAUCUUCAUCAAUCAUGCCACCAAAAUUAGAGUCAGAGAAGAAUCCUGUAAGAUAUAUGCAUACAGUUUCAGAAGCAGGUCGACUUCUCCCUUCAUCAAGCCGCUGGAACGCCAUAGCACUUGAUUUCAACCUUACUCCAAAGUUUUCUGCUUCUUAUGAGUCCAUCCCUUCCCAAUAUCCAAAAUCUGUUGACUGCAAUCUGGUCAUCACUGAUAAGAAAUACUUCCAUAUUUUUAUUUUUGUUAUAGUAGCAAUAUUUUUUGCAGUUGUAGCAGUGGCUCUUCUGGUGCACUUUUUACCUCAAAAGCAUAAACAUCAAGACUCGUCUAUCGAUCUCAAGUUGGCAAUAAAUCAAGCUCUAACAUUUUAUGACGCACAAAAAUCUGGGAACUAUCCACGGAAUAGUCCAGUGAAAUAUAGGGGAGACUCUGGAUUAAAAGAUGGGAAUUCAGCAAAGACCAAUCUUAUUGGUGGAUAUUAUGAUUCAGGCAACAACAUUAAGUUUACUUUCACCACAGCUUAUACUAUGACCUUGUUGAGUUGGACUGCAAUGGAAUAUCAAAGUAAAUAUGCUGAUAUUGAUGAGCUUGACCAUGUUAGGGAUAUUAUCAGAUGGGGUACUGACUAUUUGCACAAGGUGUUCAUUCCUCCAAAUGGAUCCAACCUAACACUAUAUUCCCAGGUUGGAAGUACCAUUAGUACUAAUCAUGAACCAAAUGAUAUAAGCUGCUGGCAAAGACCUGAAGACAUGAGUUAUGGGAGACCAGUUUCAGUUUGUGAUGGAUCUGCUACAGAUUUAGCUGGUGAAAUUGUGGCAGCACUAUCUGCGGCGUCAAUGGUAUUCAAAGAAGACAAAGAAUACUCAGGGAAACUAGUUCAAGCAGCAGAAAGCCUAUAUGAGGUAGUUACAAAGGAAGACCCUAAGAAGCAAGGAACCUACACCGCUGUUGAUGCAUGUGGAAAACAAGCAAGAAUGCUUUAUAACUCAACUAGUUACAAAGAUGAGUUGGCUUGGGGAGCUACUUGGUUGUUUCUUGCUACUAAAAACACUGAUUAUCUUGCAAAUGCAACUCAAUUUUUUUUAUCAGCAAAGAAAGAUGAAACAAAUUUAGACAAAGGGGUGUUUUAUUGGAAUAACAAGCUCAGUGCUGUUGCGGUUUUGCUUACUGGUAUUCGAUAUUUCCGUGAUCCCGGGUUUCCAUAUGAAGAUGUUUUGAAAUUUUCAUCGAAUUCCACUCACUCCCUCAUGUGUUCUUACCUUUUCAAAAAGUAUAUGAGCAGGACACCUGGUGGAUUGGUUAUUCCAAAACCUGAUAAUGGACCAUUACUCCAGUAUGCUGUAACAGCAUCUUUUCUCAGUAAAUUGUAUAGUGAUUACAUUGAUCAUCUCAAAAUAUCCGGUGCAAGCUGUGAAACCGAUACAUUCUCAGUUUCAAUGCUUCGUGAUUUUUCAAGCUCUCAGGUUAACUACAUCUUGGGACAAAAUCCAAUGAAAAUGAGUUAUUUAGUGGGAUAUGGUGAUAAGUUUCCAGUCCAAGUUCAUCAUAGAAGUGCGUCGAUCCCUUGGGAUAAACGGCUCUACAAUUGUGAUGAUGGUAAGACAUGGCUGAACUCGAAAAAUCCGAACCCACAAGUUCUUUUGGGAGCCAUGGUAGGAGGACCAGACACAAAUGAUCAUUUUACUGAUCAGAGGAGCAACAAAAGGUUCACGGAGCCAACCAUAUCAAGCAAUGCUGGAUUAGUUUCAGCAUUGAUUGCACUUCAAGACCCUUCUAAUAAUUCACAUGACUUGAAAAACUCAUUGUGGGAAUGGAUUUGAUUUAUUAUUGAAAGUCUUGCAUCAAAUUUCUCUUAGUGGAACAGAAUUGUGAGGAUAUGUGUAGGAAAAAAGGGAAGUGUGACAACUAUAAUUAUAGCAGAUAUAUUUCAUUGGCUCAUAUGAUCAACAAUUUGAUGGAUUUAAUUUUUAAAUGGUACUUUUCAUGUCAUCAAUUGUAAAGUUCAGUUAUUUCAGGAUUUUGAUGCAAUGAAGGCAUGAUUGUUCAAUGAACACCAUAAAUUACUCAACUCUAAGAACCAAGCAGUUGGGCUCUACUUAAACUGUACUAUAAAUCACUCUUGAAUCUCUACCAUUUUAAGCUUUUAGGGGACAAAAAGAUUUCAAGAGUUUAUAUUUUUAAUCUCCCUAAUUCGUUAUGCAUGUACAUGUAACGAGUCUCACAUGUAAUAU